UUUUUUUUUUUUGCCCUUCUGUUGGCUUUUUUUUUUUUUUUUUGGCGAAUUUUGUGAGCAAAGCCCAUUUUCUGGAGGAGAUCUUCGGGAACAAACAGGUUUAAAACAGCCUGCCCCUCGCUUGGGUGCACUACUGAGGGAGGAAUGGGGAUUUUGGGUUGAGAAGAUGUCCGAAGGAGCAGCGUAGGGAGCACAGGAUUGGUUCAGGUUGUCAAUAAAUUAUUAUAGAGUAAAGUAGGGAUUAAAAAAAAAAAAGAGAGAAAGUUUGGGCAUCAGAGUUACUUAAAAUAAGACAAAAAGACUGUUUGGUGGCUUCUGGAAAGUCCACCGUGGUGAGAAGGCCACCAGCGCUGGAAGUGUGGCUUCCUGUGACAAGAGUGAUACGUGGGCCGUGCUGUAGGGCUGUAAGUGGCCCCACUGGGGCACUGUGCUGAAGAAAUCUGAGAGAAAAGGGGAUAGAGGACUUCGGAGCAAUCCGUGCUUGGAUUCAGAUCGGAGCGGAUACACGCAGAACAGAGGAGCUCUUCGUUAAGGAGCCACGUGCUGGGCAGAGAUGGCAGCCCUGAAACGCAGCCGCACGCAGGCCUGGCCUGAGGAGCGGGGCGACCGUGAGCACGGGCUGUACAGCCUGCACCGCAUGUUCGACAUCGUGGGCACGCAUCUGACGCACCGCGACGUGCGCGUCCUCUCCUUCCUCUUCGUGGAUGUCAUUGACGACUAUGAGCGGGGCAUGAUCCGCAGUGGCAGGGACUUCUUGCUGGCGCUGGAGCGGCAGGGCCGCUGUGAUGAGACCAACUUCAGGCAGGUGCUGCAGCUGCUGCGGAUCAUCACACGCCACGACCUGCUGCCCUAUGUCACCCUCAAGAGGCGACGGGCUGUGUGUCCGGACCUGGUGGACAAGUACUUGGAGGAGACCUCCAUCCGCUACGUGACACCACGGGCUCACAGCGCUGCGGAACACAGCCUCGGCCACCCCCACAAAUCAGUGCCUCCCCAGCACCCCAUGGUCUGCUGCUCCUCAGCGGGGCCGCAGAUCUGCACCAAGAGGCCCGGCCGUGGCAGGGCCCUCCUCAGCAGCCAGCGCAAGCGCAGGAAGUCGGUGACACCAGACCCCAAGGAGAAGCAGACGUGUGACAUCCGCUUGCGUGUCCGAGCCGAGUACUGCCAGCACGAGACGGCGCUCCAGGGCAAUGUCUUCUCCAACAAGCAGGACCCACUGGAGCGCCAGUUCGAGCGCUUCAACCAAGCCAACACCAUCCUGAAGUCCCGGGACCUGGGCUCCAUCAUCUGUGACAUAAAAUUCUCAGAGCUCACCUACCUCGACGCGUUCUGGCGUGAUUACAUCAACGGCUCUUUGCUGGAGGCCCUCAAGGGCGUCUUCAUCACGGACUCGCUCAAGCAAGCCGUGGGCCACGAAGCCAUCAAACUGCUGGUCAAUGUGGACGAGGAGGAUUACGAGGUUGGGCGCCAGAAACUCCUGAGGAACUUGAUGCUGCAGACAGCCCCCUGACGCCUGGUGGGAUCCAAGCUCUUGUCUUCUUUACUUUUUUUCCUUCUUUUUUUUUUUUUUUUUCUUUUUUUCUAAAAGAAAAGAUUUAAAGCCCUGCUGGACUCCCACCGGGCGCUGAGCUUUGGGACCUGGUUUGCUGUGGGGAGCGCCGGAGGCUGACGUGUUCUCUCACCCUUCUCCUGUCCUGUCACCUUCUCUCUUGCUUUGUUUCCUUUUUCUCUUUUGUUUUGUAUCCAUUAAAAAAGACAAACCGACCCAAAAACGUGAAAAAUCCACCCGGGGUGGGUCAGCAGUGGGCAGAGGGACACUGGGACAUGGUGGGGUUGUACUGGGAGCUGUGGGGUGGCUGUGCCCCACUCCUGCCCUUUUGUCAGUGUCCCUGUGGGCCUGGCAGUGAGGUGGCCCCAUUGUCCCCAACACUGGAGCCCUGAACCCCCACUCCACUGCCUCCUCUCUGCCUCCAGUGGUGUCCCCACGCUGUCCCCAGGACAAUGUGCCUUCAUGCCCCCCUCUCUGUGGGGCUGGGGGGGGACCAGUGCUGAGGGACACAGUGAGAUCUCUGCCUGUCCCAUCCUUUCUUGCAGCUGGGAUGAACUGGGACAAACUGGGAUAGGGGGGCUGGCCCCAUGGCUGUGUCCUAGUGGACCUGUCACCUCUGCUGUCCCCCUUCUGAAGGUCCUUGGGGGGGAGGGAGUGUUCCCCUCUCCAUCCCGUUUUGUGGUUUUCUCCCCAUCCCUACAAGCAGUCCCCUCACCGUGGGGUGGGCACUGACCCCACAGCUGGGGAGGGGGAUAUGUGGCACCCCCCCCGCCCUCCCCAGGUGACAGCCAACUCUGGCACAACGUGGUGUAAUUUCUGUGACUUCUGUAUUUUUUAAAACUUCAAUAUAACAGUCAUAUUCCCUGUGUAGCUUUCGGUUUUCUUGAAAUAAACAUCUACAGCAGUG